AGCGCAGAGACCGCAGAAAAGAAGCAUCGGUCCGGCUGUGCUGGUCUUUUUUGUCCUAGAACUACACUAGCAACCGCUGUAGAGAUUUAAGAUAGACAACAGAACAGAAUGGGAUUUUUGUUGUGGGUGCAACAGAAGUUGCAGUGGCACUAAGCGAGUUGUCUGUUAGUUUAUUCCGUGCCGCCGCGUGGUGCAGCGGCAGCGCUGAUCACGAUGAUCCUGCAAGAAGAGGGGUCGAAGAGUACAGCGCCGACGGAGGACGAGGACGAACAUGGUACCACCGCCAGGGGCAAUCUAUGCUUCGGUCCCUCAGAGUUAGAAGUUGACACAGUCUCGGGCAAGGUGACCGCAGCGGUGGGUGACAUUCUUUUUUUGCCUGCCAGGAUGAUGAAUGAAACCCCAAUGAAGCUCACGACUCUUUUCACGCUCUUCACUCGAAUCGCAGAAGGGCUUGUCUACUCACACAGUGAUGGUAUAAUGCUGGUGAAAUUGUUUGACGAGUUUGAGACUGUGUAAUAGCGGUACUCUGAGAGAUGCAUAUCGUGCGGCUUCCGUUCUUGGCCACGGUCGACCUCGACCAGAUCCCCAGCAAUGUGUCCGUACUCGUGACGAACUGAUUGCGGAGGUUGCCAGCCAGAAGGCCGAGGUGCACAGACAAACAGAAACUAUCCGACACGAGCAUAGCUUCACAUCCUCGAGAGUACAGUCGCGCGCUACGCACCAUGACAUCCUCUUCUACCUUCAGCGAAAAAAAAACCUUGAUAGUCUGAAACUGUAGUUGCAUGAUAUGCAUGCUCUCGUGUUGGUGGACUUUGCCGCCUAAGAAAAACUAAAGGGAAAACUUGAUCUUGGGGCGGUCCUGCAGUAGAAAGAUGGAUUUCUGCACGCCCCGACGUACUUCCACGGGAUGGUGCAGCCCGCUUUGAUUCCACAACCGCAAAGAAGCAGCAAGACGCCAUUAUCAAAGAUCUCCUGCGGCGUCUGGACAUAUGCUUUUUGCAAAUUAUGUUUCGCCGGGUUCUGAAAAGAUCAAGAACCGCGAGCAAGAUGCUUUGGAACUUUUGGUUAGGCACUCAUGACCUUUUUUUCUUUUACGCAUGUUGAGUACUCAAGCGACAGUGGUUUCUUUCUCUUUUCAGGCUCGAGAAACAUUGGGUUUGCGCUGUUUGAUAUUGGCGUGCAAACGCUUCGCAGGACGAGCUCCAAGCUACAAUCGAAAAGCAAAAUGAAGAACUGCAGGAGCAGAAAUCAACAUUCGAGCAGCGGAUAGCUGCGGUCCAUCAAUAUGCACUGCAAAACUAUUGCACUGGUUGUAGGAAAAAUUGCUUGUACAGACUUGCAUUUUAUUUCGCUCAACAUGAGUCAGGGUGAUGAACUUGUGUAGGGAAUUAGAGGUAGGGACAUUUGUGAUUGUGACAAAUGUUUUUACCUUGGUCUAACUACCGACGAGCAAAACCUUCUUUAUACAAUUAUGCAUAGAUGACAAUAGUUGCAAGUCCUGCGAGUCUGGUGCUUAGCUUUUCGGGCACGGAAUAGCGGAAAUACGACGGCACUCAUGGAGAAGACGGCCAAAGACCUGGAGGACCGGUUGGCCAAGGCGAAAACGGAGAAUGUAGAGUUAAUCACGAAAAUCCACGUGCAGAAGGUCGCCGCCGCUGAAGAUCGUCGAAAGGCCGCAGAGGAAGAGGAGGUACUCACGAAGGUCGCCGAGCUCGAAAAGAAAGAGGCACAAAAGAAGAUCGUCGAGCUCGAGCAGCAGCUUCAAGCGGUGAACGAAGAGAAAGACCAGGAGAUCGCAGAUCUCGCGAAGAGAGUGGCCGCUGCAGAAGAGCAAACUAGUCUCCAAACUGACGCUAAGAACAAGCUCGAGCAGCAGCAUCAAGCGACGAAGAAAGAGAAAGACAAGGAGAUCGCAGAUCUCGCGAAGAGAGUGGCCGCUGCAGAAGAGCAAACUAGUCUCCAAACUGACGCUAAGAACAAGCUCGAGCAGCAGCAUCAAGCGACGAAGAAAGAGAAAGACAAGGAGAUCGCAGCUCUCGAGAGCAAGCUUACCACAUUGGGAACCGAGAAGGAGAACGAGAUCGAUACGCUUGGAAAGGACUAUGAGUUGCAAAUGUAUAGCACUCGUAUAAUGUUGCAUGACAAAUUUUCUCAGCAUGCAAAAUAAAAUUUGUACAAUGCGGAUUUACCGUAAGAAAAAGAAUUGUAACGCAUGACUGCAAUUUACUACGAGCGCGAUGCUUUUGCACAGGAUAUGGGCCUGGACCACGCGAUACUGCUUGUGAAAACGCUAUCCUGAAUAAACAAAACGCCCCCACCCGAGACUUGUCAUGCUGAUCUGCAUGCUUGAACUUGAAGUCUAAGUCUUACUUUCUCGUCAUGCGCAGCACCAUGAGUACGAUUUCCUAGUUCGGUUUUCGCUUUGAAACUUGCCAUGCCCGAAUCAGCACGAGAAAGUACUUGUGUAAAGCCGCUGCGCUAGCUAAACGUUACUACAUAUUAGCGAGCCCAAACUUGUCAUGCGCAAAAGCAAAACUUGUUGACUAUGCUUUGUUGUCUAGCAAAUAUUGCAUCCCAAAUUUGCUCUGCCUCUGAGGUGGGGGCAUUGUUUUUUCACGGGAUGAAAGCUGGCGCUGACGGACGAGGCGAUGACCGAGGAGCAGCAAGCCUUGAAAAUUAUCCAAGACCAACCCGUAUCGAGUGCAAAUAUGUCUUGGUCUGGAAGACUACAGCAGACGCCUGUCAUGCAAUUUUUCUACCUGCGAAAAAGUCCUCUAGAAAGCACACGGAGCAUGACAAAAUCUGCGGAUGCAUUUGCAUUUGUUUCCUUCGCUAUAAUCUGCAUGACAAAUGACAAGGGCCGCGCGUGGGGGCAGGGUCUUCACGCUGGGACUUUAUUCCCAUCCCUACUGGCGCUAGUGGGGAAACAAGAGUGUAGUUCCGCAUCGGGACGUCGUGCGUCUUGUGUUCCUUACUACAGCAGCACAUGUUUUUGUGAGUCCCAGGAUAAGUAAACCCGCAUCACAAGUUUGCGCUCUUCCAGACCCAGACACAUUUGCAUUGCAUAUCUCGAACAGGAGGUAGAGCCGCAGCAGAGUUCGCUCGCAUCCCCUGGCAGACCACCAACUGCAAAUCCGUCGUGAACAGGAUCUUCCACGAUGAUUUUUUUUUUUUUCAUCUUCCGUAAAUCUUUCCCGACCCCGAGCUGCAUCAACAGUAGAGCAACAGUGUGGCGGCCCGCCGUUUCCUCGCAGCGGCCCCCCAGACUACGGUUUUACAAUGCAGCGGCGCACAUGGGAAUGUUGUCAUCCCGCGAAGAAAGUCAUCGGGCAAAUGAGGGCAAUGUUUGUUCCCGCGAGGGGCGUCAUCGAAGAAAUUACUUAAUAUAUGGAUCUAGGGCAUCGAGCACAAAGAUGAAACUCUAAACGAGAAUUAUAGUUGCGAAGAAAUAACUGCUAGCGCUGUCAAUAAGAAGAUCAUGUGCACAACGGCACAUUGUUGCUGAUCUACCUGAACCUUUGUACAGAUUCCGACACAACGACGUCGACGAAGAAACAGUCCUUUUGUUUUCUACGAUGAAAUAACUACGUGGCGGCUCCUGUACUCGUUUUUGUUACAGGAGUAU